ACCAAUACUUUCUGCACAACCAGAAAUAGCACUCAAAUUCAACAAAAAGCAAGUUUGCUCUUCCGUUGAGAAUUAGUCGGAGUUGAGCAAGAUGAUAAGCACAAAGAAGCUUAUUCGAAUGGCGAGGAAGUGGCAGAAGAUGGCCGCUGUUGGGAGAAAAAGAAUUUCGUUUCAUCGGACGAACAGCAAGUCAGCUUCAGCAAAUGCAAAUAGAUCAUCCGUUGCUCAGAAGGGUCACUUCGUUGUCUAUACAACAGACGAGAGACGCUUCGUGAUCCCCCUCUCAUUUCUCAACAACGAAAUAGUGAGGACGCUCUUCAGCGUAUCAGAAGAAGAGUUUGGGAUUCCAUGCGAUGGUCCAAUCACGCUUCCAAUUGACGCGCUGUCUAUGGAGUACAUACUUUCAUUAGUUAGAAGAGGCCUGACCAAGGACCAAGAGAAUGCUUUGCUUAUGUCGUUCAACAGACAAAGCUGCUCAUCAUCCUUAGCUUUCAAUCAAGCAUUAGGAAACCUAGAAAUGCUUGUUUGUAGCUAGUAGAAAAAACAUGUACCAACUCUUAGUAGAUAAAUGAAAGUAAUUUUGCCACA